CAUGUGGAAAACGCUCAUGUGAAUUAUCAGAGACGAUGGCGACAUCAUUGCGCGCGGUACGUAAGGUGUACACAGGCCACAAGCAGCGAGAGGGAGGAGGUUUCAUCGUGCGCCGCGCUCUAGGAGGGUCCGUGCCGUUAUGUGACCCUUUCCUGAUGCUUGACCACUUUGGUCCUAUCACGUACGCACCCGGGGAGGCCUUAGGGGCUCCUGACCACCCCCACAGGGGCUUCGAGACCGUCAGCUACGUGAUCAGCGGCGAGAUGUGUCAUAAAGACUCACAAGGCAACACUGGAAACCUGGGUCCCGGCUGGGUGCAAUGGAUGACAGCCGGAAGUGGUGUCGUGCACGCGGAGAUGCCGUCAGAGAAUACCCGGAAACACGGAGGCACAGUGGAGGGCUUUCAGCUUUGGGUCAACCUGCUGGCCAAAGAUAAGAUGAUCCCCCCUCGCUACCAGGACACGCCCCCUGACAAGAUACCCGUUGCCAUGACGACAGACAAACGCGUUGUUGUGAAAGUCAUUGCCGGCGAGUCGCUUGGGACCCGCGCAAGCAUCUCCACGCGCACCCCUAUCAUGUACCUGGACAUUCUGUUGACUCCGGGGUCAGAGUUUACACAGCACGUGCCGGAAAGAUAUGACGGAUUCAUUUAUGUUCGGGGUGGGAAAGCUACCAUUGGGAAAGUUGAUAUAGAAUUUGGACAGACUGCAAUAUUGGCACAAGGCACAGACGUCAAGAUUGAAAACCAUCAAAAGGAGGAGUGCCGGCUGCUGCUGAUCGCGGGGGAGCCGCUGCGGGAGCCCGUGGUGCAACAUGGCCCCUUUGUGAUGAACACAGAACAGCAGAUUACACAGGCUAUCGAGGAUUACCGGAAGGGGAAGCUGGGGGAGAUUCCGGGGGCUGAUGAGAGACGCCGGGAGACGGAAGCAGCCAAGCGAACACAGAAGAGCACCGGAACAUGGGAUCGCAGCUAACUGCAUAAUUGUUCACUUUAGUGUUGAUUUUCUACUACAGGCGUAAAGAUCGCAGCAAAAAUAAAUCUUAAGUGAAGUGAUUGUAUUUAGAAUGUUUUGUCUUUGACGUUACAUUAACCAGAUAAAAUACUGUAUAUCUUUUGGUGUACUAUUUAUGUGUAAUUACGGUUUAAUUUUUAAUAUGAUGUAUACCAUUUAAUUGUUUUGAAUAUUUUCACGAGUCAUGUUUUCUAUUAGUUAUCACAAUAAUUUUUGUAAAGAUAUGCUUUUUGCAUGAAAUGUUUUAAAGAGGCACGAGAUAGAAAAUCCAGGCACAAAUCUCACUGUUUUAAUGAAAAUACCGUACGUAUAUUAACUGUAGUAGUUAUUGACCACAAUCAAGUAAUUUGUUCGCAAUCUUUCUUUGAAACUAACAUGAUCGGUUUAAUUGCAAACCCUUUAUUGUGCAAUCCUUAACGUAUAAUGUUGAUUGACAUGGCUUUGUUUAUACAUGCAGGUUGUUUUUUAUUACUUAUUGUGUGUAUAUAACAUGCUGCCAUGUAAAUCUAUGCAUUUUAUGUUGAAAUAAAUCUAUCUAUCUAUCUAUCUAUCAGAAAAUGUGCUAGGUAGUCAGUAUUAUUGACCUGUAUAUUUAUGUUGUGUUAUUUCCUUUAAUAAUUUUGAUUAAUUUCUGUGUCAAUGCCAUCAAUUGGCCGCAAGUUGGGCGCCAAUAUUGCCGACUGGUAAUAUGUGGGUUCUAUCGUGGUGCAUGUAUAAAUAAACUCGCAUCGACAACUGUAACACAUGUAUUUGUUAUAAUAAAUAUUACAAAUAUG